AAAGGGAGGAUACACUGGAAAUAUUCAAACACAGCCUGAGCGUCCCCUCUCUAAGCGCGGUUCCCAGUGCGCACACCUGUCUUCACGUGACCGGCUAAUCAUCCAAUAGGUCGGGCCCAAUUAGCGCUGUGGGUUACGUCUUGACUGGAGGGCUGACGUGCACAUUUAAACCACAGCAGGCUCACCUUGUCUUCUAUACACGAUGGAGGGGUUUAUGUUUUCUCCAUACAACUUUAAUGGCUAUCCGGGCUGCGGUCCCAUGAUGGCUCCUAUCCUCCACGGCAACCCGAAGUUCAAGCCUCACACCUGGGGCAAGGGGAGCAUCUACGUGCCUCCCGAAGCGCUGGACUACCUUGACGUGUGUAAACGGGCCCAGCUGAAGGCCAUCCUGUCUCAGGUGAACCCCAACCUUACCCCUCGUCUCCGGAAGGCAAACACCAAGGAGUUCGGGGUUCAGGUCAACGCCCAGGUCGACGCGAUGGUCCAGUGCUCCCUCGGACCCAAGACGCUGUUCUACCGGGAGAGGAAAUUUUCGGUAUUUUCGAAGUCGCCUGUAAAGUGCCAGCAGAGUCCCUCGGCGGCUUCUUCUCUGGACCCGAAAGCGUUGCCGAGCACUCCGGUAAACAACGUGCGCUUCUCGCGACCCCUCGCUAUUUAUUCUCCGGUGUUUGAUCGCCGGUUCUUCGCGCUGCCGGUGAAAGCGCAGGAUGACAGCGUGUGUCGUGAGGGAGGAGAAGGUGGCGGUAACGGGGCUAGUGAUGAGGAUGGCGAGGCCGACGUUACCGAGCAGAAAACGGAGGACCAGGUUAGACUGGAGAUCCCGCGUGAGGUUGUCAGGAAACCCCUACACCAGACGCCCAAAGGGUUCAACUUUCAGUUUCUGGAGCAGAAGUACGGAUUUUUCCACUGCAGCCAGUGUAACGUCCGUUGGGAGAGUGCCUACGUGUGGUGCAUCUCUGGAACUAGUAAGGUGUACUUCAAGCAGCUCUGUCGUAAGUGCCAGAAUGGAUUUAACCCCUACAGAGUGGAGUCUAUCCAGUGCAAGGUGUGUUCCCAGACCCGGUGCUGCUGUGAGCAGAAGGAGAGGCACAUUGACAUGAAGAGACCUCAUAGACAGGACCUGUGUGGCCGCUGCCGGGGAAAGAGGAUUUCCUGUGACACUACCUAUAGCUACAAAUACAUUGUCUGAAAUUAAACAAUCCCUGCUACAGGCCUAACUACAGAACUAGGAUCAGAUUGAGGCCCAUCGUCAUCCAUAACCUUUUGAUUGACAUAUCUGAAUUUAGAUCAGUGGUUAGUGGAAGAUGGAUGUAAAACCAGUUUUCUAAUCCUGCACUUGAAGGGGUGCAUGUUUUUUUUGCCUAUGCUUUAACACCUGACUCAAUGAAUAUAGUUGAGUUGAUGAAUUUAAUUGGAUGUUAGCGCUAUGGCAAACGAUACAUGUGCACCCCCUUUGCUGUAAGCACAGAUCUAGGACCUGAUUAGGGAACUGCCAAUCCUAAACUUACUGCCCUUGGUGGGAUGCACAACCUGACCUUAUACCAGUAUCUAGGGCCACAGUAUCCUACUCUGAGCCUUCCCACAUGGCAGGCUAAACAACACUAUGCCACAGAGGUAGAAGUUGACCGUAACCACAUAUCUAGGAUCAGGUCAACCUUCCUCCAAUCCUAUCCACGGUUGUUAGGGAGGUGCAGUGGUCGACUUGUUUCUUACCUGCCAAGUUCGUGUCCAUGUCUUAAAUAGCCUGCCUCAUAACUUUUAUACUCUUUCCACCGUGAUCAACUGAGUGACUCAACUUUUUUUGUAAAUAUGAAAUAAAUUUAUUGCAGCAUUAAAACUUAUUUGUUUUCAUGGC